AGGUUCCCCUCCGCACCAGCAGGGAGUGGCGCAGCAAAUGCUUGUGACUGCACUAGACAUUUUAGGAAGAAAAGUACAACCAAGGAUUGGCUGUCACAGACAGACUUCUGUUGUGCAAAGGCAACACGUAAUAAAAGUCAAGACAUCCUUGCUUCUGCUCAGCACAUCUUGGACAGAGAAUAUUAUUUUGUAAGGGAGGUGGACAGUUAUUUGAAGCACAAUGAUUUCUUAAAUCUGCGAAAGAAGGAGAUCCUGUACAAGAAAUGGCUUGAGGAUGUUUUGGAGCCACUGCUGCAGAAAAUUGAGGACAAAAUGGACAGCCAGUCAAGUGAAGAAAUACGGAAAAGGAAAGAAGAACAACUCUCUCGCUAUUUAAACUACUGUGAAAAGAAGGGUUAUGUGACUUUGGAAGCUUAUGACCCAUCAGAGUAUGAUCCGUUUUUCCUGAAGACGCAUACAGACUGCUGGAAGGUUUCAGUACCAACUUUACAGGAUCCUCUCUUAAAAGGCAUUCAAAGAAAGUUUAUUGAGACAGGCAUUAUCAAGCAGUGCGAGACAGGAAGACCGUACUCCACCAGAGAGCUGAACAAACUCCAUAAAGCAGAACUGCUGCUUCCUUUGAGCCGGCAGCGGAUGGAUGCGACUGAGUGGCUGAAGAUACCACACGCCUACAUUGCUAGUGAGGUCCACCGAACGAAGAGGCAGAAAGUCAUCAGCCACCAGAAAGACGGCGAGAGCUGA